ACCGGGGGCGUGCUUAAGUGUCGCGGGAGCGAGCGGCGGCAACAGGAGUGCUAUAGACGGCGGCCUCCCCUCCCGGAGCCGCACAACCGGAGCCCGGGGCCCGAGACCGCGGAGGAAAUGACCUAGAGGCCUUAGCAAUACGUUAGUGCUGUCCUGCUUCACACUGCAACUGAAUGCAUAAACAAUCUGGAAGCAGCACUUGUUUCCGCUGUCGAUCCCAAACUACCUCACCAAGGAUUUAAAAACCCAACACGUAUGAAGGGAGGAGGAGGCAGUCUGUGAAAUCUACGGGAGUCGGAACAUAGGCACUCGUUCUUGUUUCAGCAUUAAGGUUGAAACACUACAUCCAAAUGAACUACGUUUGACUGACUGGAUCUGUCAAAAAAUUAUUUCACGAACUUGAAUUGAUCAUGGGACAGAAGUAAUGUGGACAGCUUUUGAGCAAUAGUCCAAGCACUGAGUAGUUAAUAUUUUAAGUUUAACUUUCGCUGUUGAUCAGUGUCCUAGUCCAUUUGGUAGGUCUGCUAAUUUGAUUUUUAUUUUAGUGUCUGCUCUGUAAAAGUGUUCCUGUUUGUGUGUUGGAGCUAGCAAGUGUUCCAUCAACAUCGUAUGAUUCGAAACAAAAAGACAGUGCUUUAAUACUAAUCGAGCUGGCUAGCUGAUUCCAUUGUUUCUGGGUUUGCUAACUUCCUUUCACCUCCCAAUCCUCAUUUCUUUAGGGAGUGAAAUGGCACUGACUCCUCCAGUUGGCCACUGUGGCUGGUUUUAUUGUAAUCAUUGGAAUAGUGUGAGGCUCUGCUAAACCCUUCCAUCCGUUGCUGUGUAGCUCUUUGAAAAGUAGGAGCCACUGAUGAAUGUGCAAGUCGGAGACAGAGCACUGGUAACCAAUUCUGAAAAGCUCCUCAUCUUUUUUUUAAUUAUUAUCUCUCCGGACUUGACUGGUUGCAGCAGGGCUGCACCUACAGAAGAUUAGUACAGUUGACCUACUCAGCAAUCAACUCCAGUGUUGACGGACUGUGUGUGUGUGGAAAUGCUUGCCUUCUGGCAUGCUCUAGAACUAGAAUUAUGUACGUGAUACUCUUGACUCUUUUUGCAGAACGUACCAUGUUCAAAAUUGUUUGAAACACUUGACCAGAAGAAAAUUGCUACCUUGAUAAGACUUUUUACACAAAAAGCAAAGCAAACAACAAGCCCACAGAAAAAGCACCGUCACUUAUGUAUUGUUGCAGUGCUCGGGAAAAUAAAAUGGACUAUAAGCGGCGGUUUCUGCUUGGCGGGUCCAAGCAGAAAGUGCAGCAACACCAGCAGUACCCAAUGCCUGAGCUAGGCAGGACCCUGAGCGCACCUAUGGCAUCCACCGCUGCCGUCACACCUCCGCUGGCACCCACCACCCAGAUAGCUGACAUCCAGCAGGGAAUCUCCAAAUACCUGGAUGCAUUGAACGUAUUCUGCCGAGCCAGCACGCUCCUCACGGACCUCUUCAGCAGCGUUUUUCGAAAUUCACAUUACUCUAAAGCAGCUAUGCAACUGAAAGACGUGCAGGUACAUGUCAUGGAGGCAGCAAGCAGACUCACAGCAGCAAUAAAGCCAGAAAUUGCGAAAAUGCUGAUGGAACUGAGUGCAGGGACAGCAAAUUUCAAAGAUCAGAAUGACUUCAGUCUUCAAGAUAUUGAGGUGCUAGGCCGAUGUUUCCUGACUGUCCUGCAGGUCCACUUCCAGUUCCUUUCCCAGGCAUUACAUCGAGUUCAGCCUAUAGCCCACUCGUGCUUGGCAGAGGCUCAAGCCCAGGAGAGGAAGAACGCAAUGGGGAGCGAGACCAUGAAGGCUGGCCAUGUGACGGAAUUGGAAGAGGCCAUGAAGUCCUGGGGAGGAGCGUCAGAGGCUACGUCUCGGCUGCGUGAGAAGGGAAGUGAUGGCUGCCUGGCUGGAAUUGAAGUGCAGCAGCUGUUCUGUUCUCAAACCACCACGAUCCCUGAGCAUCAGCUGAAAGAUUUAAACAUGAAGAUCGACAGUGCUUUGCAAGCGUACAAAGUGGCUUUGGAAAGCUUGGGUCACUGUGAAUAUGCAGUGAAGGCAGGAUUCCACCUAAACCCUAAAGCCAUUGAAUCAUCUUUACAGGGCUGCUGCAGUGAGGCUGAGGUAAAACAAGCAGGAAGAAGACAGUAUCCUGCUCAGCCACUUCAGUGUGAGCUUCCCACCGUACCUGUCCAGAUUGGACCUCACUUCCUGAAGGGCGUCUCCUUCAGUGAGUCUGGAGCAGAGAAUCUGAAGCUUAAGACGCAAGCAAUGGUGCAGCUCAUCAAGGAGGCAGCUGGACAGAAUGAAGUCUCCCCGCGAGAUGAGUCUCCGACAGAGAUCCUCAAUCAGGUCUGCCCAUCCACCUGGCGCGGUGCCUGCAAAACUGCUGUGCAGUUGCUGUUUGGACAGGCAGGAUUGGUGGUGGUGGACACAGCGCAAAUCGAGAAUAAAGAAGCUUACGCCCCACAGAUCAGCCUGGAGGGCUCCAGGAUCUUGGUUCAGGUUCCUUCAACAUGGUGUUUGAAGGAGGAUCCUGCCACCAUGUCUCUGUUACAGAGAUGUCUGGACCCUGAGAAAACACUCGGGCUGGUGGAUGUGUUAUACACAGCGGUUUUUGACUUGUCCAGGUGGAAAGAGAGAAGGGAGCAAGUUUUACCAAGCAUUCAGAUCCAGCUAAGACGGGAGUGCACCGACUUUGGGACUCAUGUGGAUCUUCCCACAGGGAAUGGGACCAUCAUCAAGUCCUCCGGUGGCCUGCAGAAGACUUUUGCGAAGCUUACCUCUCGUUUCACAAAGCGAAAUUCCUGCAGCAGCAGCAACACCACGAGUAACAGCAGCGGCGGUGGUGGUGGUGGGAGCUUCUCGAUCCCAAGCACGCCCUCCAAGAGCGGUUUCUCCAUUAACAACUCUGAGGAAGAACGGAAAGCCAAGCUGCCCAACCACUCAGACCUGAGGCUGCAGAGCAUUCUGAACAUUGGAAGUUUCCCGAAGACCAUCGAUGCACAGGAACCCUCCCGAGGCACAUCCAACCCGAUGGUCAAUGGUUUCUCUAUGGACAAAAGAGAGAUCUUCUUUAAAGGGGAUGAUGGGAAGGAUGAUCAAGGCAUCAAGUUGCCAAGUGACCAGGAAAUGCAAGAUGUUAUCGACUUCCUCUCUGGGUUCAACAUGGGAAAAUCCCAAAAAGCAUCGCCUCUCAUUAACAGAAGGAAUUCGACCACAGUGCCAGAGCAGAAGUCAGCUACCCUGCAGCAACCACAGACUGUACCACACACUCCAUUGCCGAAUUCCCAUCAGGUCUUACAGCGCCAGCAGCAGCAUCAGCACCAGCAACAGCAGCAACAAUUGCAAUAUUACCAGCACCUCCUCCAACCCAUUGGGCAACAACCACCGCCAGCACGUCCACAGACUCCUCGAGCCCCUGGGAAAUGGCCAAACAGCUCAUCUCAGCAGACAUCACAGAGUCCGGGAGCGGGAUUGUCUCCAAUUGGGUCCAUGAGCCAAUGGAGCAAUAUCGCUGUGCACUCUGACUUGAGUUCGGACUUAUACAGCCUGGGUCUCGUCGGCAAUUACAUGGACAAUAUCAUGGACAAUGUCAUGUCUGACAUGUUGGGGCCGAAAGUGGCUAACACCAGGAAUAACACGUGGCCCAAUCGGGUCCAGAGUGACGGAGUGUUUGGAAUGCUGGGAGACAUUCUGCCUUUUGAUCCUGCAGUUGGUUCAGACCCAGAGUUUGCCCGGUACGUGGCUGGCGUUAGUCAGGCUAUGCAGCAGAAGCGACAAGCACAACACGUCCGGCGGCACAGCACCGCGAGGACCAACUGGCCCAUCCCCGACGAGCCUCACAGGACGUGGCAGCCAUCUGAGUGUUUCACUGAGGGGGAUAUGAUGAGCUGGUCUGGGACCCAGGGAGACUCUGCCAGCUCUAGCGAUGAGGCUUCUUCUGCUAAUGGAGACAGUUUAUUCUCCAUGUUCUCAGGGCCUGAUCUUGUUGCUGCUGUCAAACAGAGAAGAAAGCACAGCAGUGGUGAUCAAGAGACUGCUAAUCUACCGUCUCCUCCUGUUUUACCCACACCAGAUGAUCUUUGCCAGUUUCUUAUGCAGGAUAACAAAACCAAGACUUGGCCUCCGAAGGCUCCCUGGCAGCACUCGACAUCCCUCACCAACACAAUGCCCAAUCCUGGCACCUCCCUGUAUCAGAUGACAAACCCGGUCAGCCGAUGGAAUGACUCCAUGCAGAUUCUCCAGUCACCUGUGUGGUCGACAGCCAGUGACAGCUCUCCUUCCACAGGAAUCUCUUCCAACUUUUCCUUCACACAGCAACAACAACAACAACAGUCCCAACAGCAGCAGCAGCAGCAAGCUUCCCAGCACAAAACAAUGAACAAGGGCUUCAAAUCCUAUCCCGUCAAGCAGGAACGGAGACAGUCCUAUCUCCACCAAUACUGAGUGUUUGGAAGUGACUUUUAAGAAGGGUUCUGUAUUCUAGUGAAUAGUCACACGAUUUUUAAAUGCUGUGAGUGAGGUAGCCCUGCCACAUAAUUGUCUUGAUUAACCCUUGUUGGUGUGUUCUGCACUUUCCAACUGCUGGUUGGAAGCAAUCCACAAGGAUACAGGUUGUCGUAUCUGUCUGAUUGUCGGACCACCCUCUAGUAGUGCUGCCAGCGGGGCAAUGCUGUCCAUUCACGAUGGCACAGUCAGACCGACUCAGUGUGCGACUUUAUCUGCUCCCUUGCUGCCUUCAGCCGGUGUUUCGAGAUUUUGUGCUCCAAACCAGGUCACUGGCUAAUGGACUGCUGUUUGCACCCAAGCCCAGCUGUCAGGGCCUCCAUGACCAGGGAGCCAGAUGCAUUCGGAGGGAUGCACAGAGCUGUCUGUAUUACGUUAGCCACCAGCCAUCUAACGGAGGGAGUGGGAGAGAGUUCAAUUACAUGAAGCUGCCAGUGUUACACAUUUGCUGAACACAACUAGAUCAAGGUUUAAAAAGAAACACGUUGCAGCCUUUCUGACUCCUGGUCUGAAUACCUGACAUUUCUGCCAUCAUCUGAUUCCCAGAUGCAGUGACUGUGGGUGCAGUCUAUACCCUUGGACCCUCUUAAACCAGUAGGCGUGAUGAAAGCAUAAAAUCAUUGCAACGUGUUCCCUAGGCCUCCACUGAUAGAAUAAAAUAAGCAAAAUGUCCAUUUUAUAACAAGGGCACUUGGGGUAAGUGCUGUUAACUCUCGCUGCAGCAUUUGGACUGCUCAUUAGGAUACAUUUCCUUUAAAGAGUAGCUUAAUCUUUGUAAUGUCGUGGUGUAGUUGCUGGUUUAAUGUACUGAAGUUUUGAGUUUUUCCACUUUCUCAAUUUUGAGCUAUAUGGCCCGUCUAUUUUGUAAAGCUGACUGACCACACAGUGCGAGAGGUUAAAUGUCCCUGUGCACUAACCUUGUUAUCCGUGGGGUAUGGGGGGAACUGAAUUGAUGGUAAUACCUUGCACCCACUUCUAAGACUCUCUUACCAAGGGCAGUGAAGUGAGCACUGUAUCGACUAUGCUCGAAUACAGUUGUAUCAAUGAAAUAGGGGGAAAUAAAAAGUUAAACUAAAAAUCAUUAUUUAAAUAUAAGAGCUGCUCAAACUGUUUUAUAGUUUGUAUCAAGAAAAAACAUUUAAAAAAAAAAAAUCAUCUAUAUAAUUUUUUGUACCUUUUUUUAUUUUUAUAAAUGAACCAGUGACGUUUUUGGGAGGGAGUCUUGUAGUCAUUGCGAAACGUGACAGACAGACUGUAUCCCCACACCCCGAAGGUGUGAGCUUCAGUUACAGCGACCAUCCUCGGCUGACCACCACGCACUCGCUCAGAUGACUACUGGUUGGCAGGGGCAUUGAAUUGGUCAGCUGUUUCAUUCUGGGCGUUG